GAUUUUAGAUAUAAAUCAUGAUCUUGUAAGCUAGGCUUUAUUUGGAGAUUUUAUGAUAUUAGAGCAAAUUUUAUAAUUUUAUCUUCAGAUUUUGUGGCAUCAGAUUAUGGUAUGAUAAAGUUCUGAGCCUUGUGCAUUUGUGGGACCCUCUCACAAGUGUACGGCGUCUGCCACGUCCCCAGAUUUGGGUUCUGGGGCAUGACAAUUAAAUUCUGUUGGAACCUCUGGCUUAAGAAAGGGGAGCUCCUAACUCUCUUCUCUUAUUCUACUACCACAUAUGGAAAUUGUUUCAAAUGGAUGUGAAAAAUGCUUUUCUUAAUGGUUACCUAAAAGAAAAAGUUUAUAUGAAACCACCUCCUGGGCUCACCCAUCCUCCAAACAAGGUAUGUAGAUUACGACGUGUAUUAUAUGGGUUGAAACAAUCCCCUCGAGCCUGGUAUGCAAAGUUUAGUGUUAUUGUGAGUGAGUUUGGUUUUACUUCCAGUCCACAUGAUACAGCUUUGUUUAUUCAUAAGACUACUCGAGGUAUGGUUCUUUUACUUCUUUAUGUUGAUGACAUGAUCAUUACUAGAGAUGAUGUCACAGGUGUUGAGGAGCUAAAACAAUCUCUCAAUCAGAAAUUUGAGAUGAAAGAUCUUAGUGUUUUGUGCUAUUUUCUAGGGUUUAAAGUCACCUCUUUCGAUGACGGCUAUUUGCUGUCUCAAGUAAACUAUGCCUCUGAUCUUGUUUCUAAAGUUGAAUUCAAUGAUGAUAAGAGUGUUUCUACACCUCUUGAACCUAAUGUCAAGCUUACACCUAUGGAUGGCUCUCCACUUUCUAAUCCUACUCACUAUUGGCAAUUGGUUGGUAGUUUGGUUUAUCUUACCAUGACACGCCCUGACACAGCACAUGCAGUUCACAUUGUUAGUCAUUUUAAGGCUGCUCCUCGCGCCACUCAUUAUGCAGCAGUCAUUCGCAUUAUUCGCUAUGUUAAGGGAACAUUGUUUCAUGGACUCCAUUUUUUUGCCAACUCCUCCCCUAUGCUUCGCAUUUACUCUGAUGCUGAUUGGGUUGGUGAUCCUUUUGAUCGUAGAUCUACCACUGAUUACUGUCUUUUUCUUGGUAAUUCUCUUAUCUCUUGGCAAAGUAAAAAACAAACUAUUCCAUCUCACUCUAGUACUGAAGCUGCGUAUAAAGCUCUCGAUGAUACUAGAACUUCUUUCAUUAUUGUAGCUUCUUGAAGAUAUGGGUAUUCCUCAACCUUCUUCUAUUGAUUUAUAUUGUGAUAAUCAAAGUGCUAUGCAAAU